AUGGAUUCGGAGCAUAGCAGCAAUACACAAGAAAAUUUGUUUGAAUCAUCAAACCAACAACAAGACGAUGAUCUUUUUGGAGAUUCAACCAGUGGGGAUUUUUCCUCGUUUUUGGGAUCUGACACAGGACUGGAAAACCUUUCUUUGAACGAUAACAAGGAAUCGGAUAGUAAGGAUGAUGGAAAGAAAUCAUCACCCAUACCUACCGAUACCAUUCAAAUCGUAAAUGAUGAACCUCAAGUUGAAUCACUCGAAAAUACCAUUGAUAGCCACAAUUCUUCAUUGUCUGCAACUCACAAUACGGAUGAUGAUUUAUUCGGAACUUCCAACAACGAGCCUUUUAUGAAGGAAAUUCCAUUGAACGAAAAUUCAACAUUUUCAAAUGUAGCUGAAACACAAUUAAUGCCCUCUACUUUGCCAUCAGUCUUAUCAUCAAAGAACCAAACUUUAGAAAAAGAGGACGCAUCAAGUCCUCCUAUGCACUCUCCUCAUCUUGACACAAAUUCUUUCGGACAACAACAAGACCAUCAUCAUGAGAAAACUCCUCCUCCAUUGUCCUCUCCUCCUCCUCCUCUACUGACUACUGCAACAUCAACCAGUGCAACCUCAAAGCCUUCGGUAGCCUCGAAUCGAGGAGCUAAUCGAUAUGUGAAUAGUUUUGGUGGUAGUAGCGGCUCGAGCAAUGCUGUUUUCACCCCACCAUCACCACAUCCAACCAUGACAAACUCAACCACACACCAUUUAUCCAUGAAUAAUCCUAGUAGUGGUGGUAAUAUGAUGAAUACAACUGGUAACAUGCCAGCCAACAUGACGAAUCAAGCAGGCUUAAACAAUGGAAUGCCUCCAACAACAUUGAACAACAUGUCUUCUGCUGCAACGAUGCCUCACCAACGUAUGAUGUCUUCUCCUCCACCAAUGAUGAAUACCUUCCAACAUAAUUUAACAAGUAACAAUAGUGGAAUGAUGCCCUCUACAAAUAUGAUGACAAAUAAUAGUGGUCAAUUCGGAAAUCAAAAUUCAAUGAUGAAUUCUACAUUUAAUAAUAAUACUGGUAUGAAUACAAGAAACAUGAUGACACCUCCUCCCUUGAUGGGAGGUGGAAUGACACAUCCUUCAUCAUCAUUUCCAAACAAUUCAGCUCAAGAAAAUUAUCAAUUCAACAACCUACCACCAUCCAACACGAUGAACCAACAACAUCAAGGCACAAUGUAUCCAUCAUCCUACCAACAAGGACGUAAUAGCGUUUCACCAACUAAUUUAUUGAAUCAAAGUGGGGCUGUAAUGGAUGGUAUUGCUACGUCAAGAAUCAUGACAGGACAUGCUUCCAUGAAUAAUUCUCAAUUUUCAAGCAACAAUAACAGUGGAAUGAACAUGCUCAAUCAAUCACAAUAUAACACACACAUGCCACCUUCAUCUCCACAAUAUGGAAUGACUUCUUCCACAUUUAAUACAUCCUAUGAUCCAUCUACAAUGAUGGGAGGAAUGACUAAUAACCUUCAAAUGCACACGAACCAAUUCGGAAUGAUGAAUAACCCACAACAACAACAAUAUCCAACCAUGUCCAUGAUGAUGGGUAUGAAUAAUCCACAAAUGAUGUACCAUUCGCAAAGAGCCAUGUCCCCAAGCUAUCAACAAAACUUAUUGCUUUCAAAGCAGCAAUUACAACAAGAAUAUGAAUUACGUAUGAAACAUCCAAGACCAAUUUUUACUUUUACUUUUGGAGGUAAAAUAAUCACAUCAUUCCCAACUGCUCAACGAAAGGCUCCACUACACACAAGCGCUAAUACAUUUUUAGCUGGAAAUAGAUCACCAACAAAUUUUCAUGGUGAUCAGACAAGUCAAGAAUCACAAGGUGGAUUUUACUAUCCAGGUACUGUGAAAGUUCACAAAUUGAGUCAAGUCCUCAGAAUUGCUUGUCCAAUGGUCAAGUCCUUGGAAGAUUAUCCAAUUGGUAACAUCUCUCAACAAUUUGACAAUGAUUCUAACAACAGUACCAUUUUGGAUCAUCUCAUCAAGUACAUGAAUUUGAAGAUUUAUGAAAAACAACAAAUUUUAUUCCAACAAUCAGAUGAUCAAGUGGUGGGAGAAAAGAUGCUUUGGGAACUAAUCAAAAUUGUUGCAAAGAACGUCAAUGGAAAUAUUGGAAUGAUCUCAAACGACAUUAAUGCUCUUUUGACCGUACUUUGUUCCAGCUCAACAACUCCAAUGGAUGACGUUGUUGUUACCUCAAGUUCUACAUCAGUAGAUGUUCAACCAGAACAAGUGAUUGCAUUACAAAACAUGUUAAUCAAUGGACAAAUCAAACAAGCUUGUCAAUAUGCUCAGAGUAACAAGAUGUGGACUCACGCCAUACUUUUGAGUAGUAUGGUUGACAAACAGACGUAUCAAUCGGUAGUAUCAAAUUUUGCAUUGAGCGCAUUGAACCCAGGAACGCCUCUACGUACUCUUUAUUGUACAUUUGCAGGCAAACCAUUAGAUGCAUUUGAAUCUAAUUCCAUUGUUAGCACUGAUCAAUACGGAAACCAAUAUUCUUCACAAUCUUCUCAAGAUCAGCAACAACAGAUUGAAAAACUAUGUUCUCAAUGGAUUCAAAACUUAUCAAUUUUGUUCAAUAAUAGACAAGGAAAGGUAUCUCAGGCAGCUAUUGAAAAGUUAGGAGAUGUGUUAUGGAAAGAUGGUUAUCAAGUACCACAAUCACACUUUUGUUAUGUAUUGGGAGAUAUUGCUACAUUGAUAUCUGCUUUUGCCAUGACUCAACCACCAUCAUCAUUGGCGUCACCAGGAAGAUCCACACCUCAAUCACAAACUCAAGUGAAUCAACAAUUAAUUACCAACAUGAUUGCCUCUACUUCUAUUGUGAACAGAAGAGUUCUUCUUAUUGCAGGUGAUAACAAGCGAGAUAUUAGACACUAUAUUUCUGAUGAGAGUAUGCAGUUGACUGAAGUGUUUGAACUCUUAAAGUCCAUCAUGACAAGAAAUAUUUUAUCAAGUUUACAAAAUGAUUCACAACAAAUUCCUCCAGUUUCCUUGUUGAUGAAUUCUACUCUAUUAUCUUACAAAUUAAUUUAUGCAUAUUAUUUGGCAGAGUUUGGAUAUUUGGAUAAAGCCAACGAAUGUUGUGAUUAUUUGAUUGAUGUGGUUAAAAAGACACAACAAAAUGUGAGAUUUGGAAUUUCAUUCAAGUUGCACCUUCAAGAAUUGAAAUUAAGAAUUCAAGAGUCAUCCAAACUCACUGGUGCUCCAGUUUCAUCAUUGAGUGCAUCGUCAAAGAAACAAACGAGUGGAGGUGGAGUGACUGGAUGGUUCAUGAGAGGUCUUGAAAGCAUUAUUCAUGGAACAGAUUCUGAAGAAUCAUCACCCACAGCCAACCUUUCACAACCCAUGGGUCAUUCCAUGUCCAUGCCAAACAUUGCUGUGAAUAAUAAUAAUGGUGGUAUCAUGAUGGCAAUGCCGGGCAUGGGAAGCAUGACCUCCUCACAUCUUCAUCAUCAACCAAACAACACUAUGCUACACACACGACCAGCCAGUUAUACUCCUCCACCGACUCAAUCACACACUUUGACACCACCACCUCCAUCCUUACAUCAGACCUCACAAACACCACCACCUCCAUCGUCACACGCAGACCAAAAUGCAUCCAAUAAUAGUGGCAGUAGUGGAGUUUCAUCUUGGUUUAAAGGAUGGUGGGGAGGAUCCUCUUCAAAAUCAUCCUCUGGUAAAAAAGAAGCCAAUAUUGGUAGAAAGAAUGAAUUCUAUUAUGAUGAAGAUAAAAAGAGAUGGGUCAGAAAAGGACAAGAAAAUGAAGUGGUUGAACAAGUGACUGCACCACCACCUACUCUUGCAUCCAUUCCUUCGAACAAUUUGCAAUCUGCUGCUUCCCAAUUACGUGGUGGAGCAUCACGGUAUGUGAAUAUGUUUAGUGGUGGUGGUCAUCCUCAUGCUGGUAUGAACACUUCUUCGAUGACCAUGCCUUCUAGUUCAUCAACUCCACCACCCAUGAUGAUGAGUCACUCUUCUACUCCUCCACCACCAUCCAUGAGUAUGAGUACUACUUUCACAAAUUCGUAUUUCAUGCCACAACACACCCCAACCACCACUGGAGGUGGUUAUGAAAUGCCAUCCACAACAACGGACUUUAGCAUGUCCAUACCUCCUCCUUCAACGAGUAGUACAAGCACAGUUGGAAUGACAAGUUCACAACCACCACCACCAACCAGCAACAUGUAUUAA